AUGUUGGGGCGAAUUGGGACCGCAAGAGGACAGAUGGGGACACAGUACCAGUAUAGUGAGACAAUGACGGGGCAUUAUCUGCCGUUGCCACCGCCAGUCCUUCAGCAAUAUACAUUACGUCUGAAGGCGUGUCUAGGGGAUCCCGCAAUGACGCCAAAAGUUUUUGAAGCCAUGCUGCACGACGAGGAGUUUUACCGCGACGUAAACAGCAUGUACACCAAGGAGUUUGUGGAGCUGUUGAGGGCAGUGGGGUGUAGAUGGUUGCGCUUGCACGUCUUUGAAAUUCUGGGCCGCGGUCAAGACGCCGGAGGCAACCGUGUUGACACCGAUCUUGUCGAGGAUGACGGGGCGGGAGCUGCAGCCGCUGCCACCGCAGGCCAUCUUAGUUUGGAGGCGAAUGAGGAGGAAGUGAUGGAACCGGAGCGUGAAGGGAGGCAAGAAA